UGCGCACCCGCCUGCACCUACAUCGCCAGUUCAUGUUUUGAACUCUCUUGUUUCAACCACUCACCGUCUGGUUUGGAGAUUAGAGGGAACUCCCUCCCCCCCUAGCAAGUCUAUCGUUGACCUGUACCAUCCUUACUUCGCCGCCGGAUUCAAGUCCUCGAUCCUCGUCGUUUUAAUACCUUGACCAUGGAUUUCAACUCACUCAAAGAUCAGAUUUCCAAUCUGACCAUGUAUGAUGUGAAGGCGGGGGUGCGGAAAGUACAGAAUGCAAUGAUGAAUUACACCGAAAUGGAGGCGAAAGUCCGUGAAGCGACGAAUAAUGAGCCGUGGGGAGCUUCGUCGACGCUGAUGCAGGAAAUUGCAAAUGGAACACACAGCUACCAAUUGCUCAACGAAAUUAUGCCUAUGAUUUAUCGGCGGUUUACAGAAAAGACGGCAGAGGAAUGGAGGCAGAUCUACAAGGCUUUGCAACUUCUUGAAUUCCUGAUCAAAAACGGCUCGGAACGAGUUGUCGAUGAUGCGCGAUCUCAUAUUUCGCUCCUUCGUAUGCUGCGCCAAUUCCACUAUAUCGAUAAUAACGGCAAAGAUCAAGGUGUCAACGUUCGUAACCGUGCCCAGGAAUUGGCUAAACUGCUGGGCGAUGUUGAUGCAAUCCGUGCAGAGCGAAAGAAGGCUAAGGCUAAUAGGAACAAAUUUGGCGGCAUCGAAGGUGGUAUGGGCGGUUUCUCGGGUGGCUUUUCGGGCAAUUCUCGAUACGGUGGUUUUGGAAGUGACGAUGCUUCGUUUGGAGGGUACAGUGGUGGUGUUUAUGGUGACGGUGGAGGUUUUGGCGGCAACACGAGCGGAUUCAACGACCCUGGUAGACGAAGCAACCGUUUCGAGGAGUACGAUGAAAAUGAGGAUGAUGGAAGCUAUUCCACUUCUCAAAGGAGGACUGAGCGGAGCACCCAGCCGGCAUCCAGGCAAGAAACAAGGAAACCGGAACCACCGAAGGCCCCUGAGCCCGAUCUAGUCGAUUUUGGUGACAUGGACGAACCUGCACCAUCCGCCCCUUCGAUAUCACAACAGAAGAGUUCAGUAUCGGCCGGAAAGAAGCCCGCGGGUAAUAAUGGCCUGGCUGACCUUGCCUCGCAACCUAUUGAGGACGAUGACUUUGACGAAUUCCAAUCCGGAAGUCCAACCACACAAGCCACCGCGCCCCAAUCACAGUUUGCUUCCCUCCCACCUCCAACAGCCACAUCGACCAUGCCAUCUCAGACGCAAUUUGCGGCGCCGAAGCCAGUCUCAGGGACGCAAGGCGCAAACUUGAAUGGACUUAUGGGCCUUACGUCUAUGCCUCCAACUCCCUCCGUCUCAAGCAGUGCUUCACACACACCAAAUAUGACUUCGCCAAACAUGAAUCCCCAGCCUCUUAAGCCAAUGGGUUACCAGGCUGUCCAACCAAAUUAUUUCACCUCCGUUCCCGUGCCCCAAGCUCAGCAAUCCCAGUCCAGUAUCAAAACCCCAUCGGGUGGUUCUUCUUUUGCAAGUAGCAAGCCAGCCCCAGCCGCCGCUGCUAAAGCGUCCGGUGACGUAUUCGGGAGCCUCUGGUCCUCGGCCAGUGCCAACGCUGGAAUCAAGUCCACUGCAGCAACCCAGAACAAGGGUCCCAACUUGGCCAGCAUGGCGAAAGAGAAAGCCAGUGCUGGUAUUUGGGGAACGCCAGCAGGAACAAUGUCAGCUACCAGUAACACUACUGGUAGCACAGCUAUGAGCGCAUCGCAGCAGCAACAGAAGCCAGGAAAUACGCCUGUUGGACAUGGAUUGGACGAUUUGUUGGGUUGAUACGCGACGAGUCAAAAAACCUAUUGUUUACGUACAUUCGGAACACGAUGCUUGUUUGUGCUUCUAUGUUUUGAUUCUUGUUGUCAUUUUGCCAAUAUCCGAUUCGCUAUGUUCUCGGCUUAGAUGUUAAUUGUCACAUUUA